CUUAAAACUUUAGUUCUUUAAGGUGCUGCGCAUGAGUUGUGGGGUGGCAGUGCGCCGUAUAAACCGUAUGAUAGAGUUUCCCCUCUUUCGAAUAUCUAACCUUGCAAGUGUAUGUUUACCCUUAAGAAAUAUUAACUCUCAAACAUUUCAAAGAUUUUUAGAUCGAGCAAAGUCCUUUAAAGUAAAUUCUGAGGGUAAGCGAGAUAAAGAAGCCUCCCAUUGCUCUAAAAACAAAAAAUCCAAGCAAAAAUUGAAAAGGGUAGCGGUUAGUCCGUAUCAAAUCUAUGUAGCUAGCAAUUUCCAAAAGCUCUACAAGUCCGGGUUGAGGCCUAAAGAAGCUAUAAUGCAAGUUGCGCGAAAGUGGAACGCAUUGCUCGACUGCGAAAGAAAAGUUUUUCAAGAGAAAUCAGAAAAGUUAAAAAGCUUACUUGUUGAUAAAAUAAAAAACCCGGUAGCCUACAGUCUCUUCCUUAAAGAGCGCUACGGUGGUUUGGAGGAGAAGCUGCCCCUCCCUAUUGCCAGUCCCAAAUUCUCUUCCGAGUGGUGGGCCCUUGCUGAGGACGUUAAGGAGAAAUACGUUGAAAAGGCUAACCGAAUGAAAUCCAACGUAAAAGACCUAAUCAAAAAGAAACCGGCUGGCUUUGAUUUGUUCUUAGAGCAGCACGAUUGGGGGGAAAAUACAGUUAAGGCAGUAAAUCAUCUCAUUCAACUGUGGAAUCUACUACCCGGCGAAAAGAAGGAGGAGUACAAGAAGCAAAGCUCCAGCUAGUGAAGACAUCUUUUGCUCAACAGAGUGCCGGGCGUUUAUGAUUAUUAGCCACAAUUUGCCUAUAAAAAAGAAUUUCCUAUUGA